AUGCGAGCGUAUUUCCUGGGGCGUCGGGGCUACCGCGAAGUUCUUGAAUUACAGGAAACCAUUUUUAAAAGGAAAAUUGAGAGACAAGUUCAUCGCCUUCGCCAUGAUCCGGGCGUGGACCUGCUUCCCGAUACCGUGCUGCUCGUGGAGCAUUCCUCACCGGUUUACACAGUUGGUAGGCGAGACACAUUGGAGGGGAUCCCCGCGAACUGUGCGGUUGAGGUGGUCAAGACAAGGAGGGGAGGAGGUGUUACUUUUCACGGACCUGGACAAGUAACAGUGUACCCGAUUGCGAACAUUCAGCUACUAUGGAAGUUUUGCACCUCGCCAGACAAACCACGUUCUCCCAUCGAGUGGUACAGCUUUGUGAUGGAGCAAGCCAUGAUGGACACUGCAAAAGACUAUAGCGUUCCUACACAUCGUAGAAAGGUUGGAGUUUGGUCGGACCGGUGGGGCGAAGUGGCACCCCGCAAGAUCGGGUCUAUUGGACUCCAACUCGGCAACUGGGUAUCCAUGCACGGGAUGGGCUUCAACGUCAACAACGACCUUCGUUACUUCAACGACAUUGUCAUGUGCGAGAUGCCCGGCGAGUCAGCCACGUCAUUGACUGAAGAGCUGCAGCUGCGUUUCUCCGGUACGGCCGAACCCAGCCCUAGAACAGUCGCCCCACUUCUGCUCUAUCACUUCCUCAUGAACCUCCGUCACAAGGACAACAUUGUCUCAACAAAAAUGUUUGAUGUUUCUGAGGAUCCUAAUUGGUACCACCGCAUCUUGCAUGAAAUUGGGUGA